AUGAGUGAAUCGCCCGACGUCUUGCCCAUCUUUUCCAACUCGCUGAAACGGCACGACGAUUCCAACUCCACCUCGCCGCGCAUCCAUGGGGACACGCACGCGGCGAUGGCCGAUAGACUGCUCCCCUACGAGAACGCGCGACAAAGGUCCAGCACAACACAGAAAAACCUGCCUCGCCAGGACCGGCCGCGGUUUUUCCUCCUGGUGCUGCUGUACCUCAUCCAGGGCGUGCCAAUAGGACUGGCAUUUGGGUCGGUGCCGUUUUUGCUCAAAUCGGCGCAAUUGAGCUACACUCAGGUCGGUUUUUUCUCGCUGGCGUCGUACCCGUACUCGUUGAAACUGCUAUGGUCGCCCAUUGUCGACUCGUGCUACCUGAAAAGACUCGGCCGAAGACGCUCCUGGAUCAUCCCCGUCCAGGCGGUUUCCGGACUCACGCUGCUGUUCCUGGGAACAGUGAUCGACUCCCUCAUGCGCAACCUGCAGAAAAACCUCUACACCCUCACAUACACCUUUUUCUUCCUCAUCCUGCUCUGUGCGACACAGGACAUCGCCGUUGACGGCUGGGCCCUCACGAUCCUGUCCAAGGACGCACUGAGCUAUGCAUCCACGGCGCAGACGAUCGGCCUCAACACCGGCUAUUUCCUCAGUUUCACCGUUUUCCUCGCGUUUAACUCUGCAGACUUUGCCAACUCGUACCUCAGGAAAACGCCGAGCUCAGACAGCUUUUUGACGCUCGGCCAGUACAUGUGGUUUUGGGGGUGGAUGUACCUGGCCGUGACGGUGGUAAUCCUGAUUUUCGUGCCGGAAGACCCACUUUCGCGCCGGAAACAGGCCUCUUCCAAAGAUAUCGAGCUGGAGGAGCUGCAGAGAGACGAGCUGUCAGGGGUUAACGUGGUGCAAGCGCACACCGCAUACAACGAGCCGGCGGGCCGGAACACGCUGUUUGGCGUCUACCACAAGAUGUGGAACGUCGUCAAGCUGAAAAACGUCAAGCUUUUCAUCUUGGUGCAUCUCGUGUCGAAAAUCGCUUUCCAGGCCAAUGAGGGAGCCACCAACCUGAAGUUGCUGGACAAGGGCUUUUCGCGCGAGGACCUGGCCAUCACCGUGCUAAUUGACUUCCCGUUGGAGAUCGUCUUUGGCUACUAUUCUGCCCGGUGGUCUACGGGAGACGAGCCUUUGAAACCGUGGAUGUACGCGUAUCUGGGCCGCAUAGCCGCAGCUGCGCUGGGACAAGUGCUGGUCUGGUGCUUCCCAAAAGACGGCCACGUGACUACGGCGUAUUUCCUGUUUGUGAUUUUCCAGCACCUGCUGAGCUCGUUCAUGUCGACGAUCCAGUUUGUGUCGAUCUGUGCUUUCCACACGCAAAUAGCCGACCCACUGAUUGGCGGCACGUACAUGACCACACUGAACACACUGUCGAACUUGGGCGGGCAGUGGCCUAAAAUCAUUGUGCUCAGUCUGAUCGACAAGCUCACCACGGCCAGAUGCGUGCCUCCCACGCCGAUGGCUACAAAUCCGUUCGAGGAGACCCCUUUCUUCAACUGCUACGGCUCGUCAGCCAAGAGCGACUGUCUGGGCCAUGGUGGAGUGUGCAACACCAUUGCAGAUGGCUACUACAACACUAAUCUGCUGUGCAUAAUUAUUGGAUUGGUAUUGUACUAUGGAUGGAUCAGAAAAACGGUGGUCCAUCUUCAGGGUCUUCCGAUCAGCGCAUGGCGAGUGGGCAAAUCCACGCUGCCUAUCUGA